UAAUCUCUCCACAUACCGAACCCCUUUCCUCAGCGACCUCUCUCUCUCUCUCUCUCUCUCUCUCUCUGCUGUUGCUUUGUCUUUGGAGGCCAAGCAUGUCUCUCCUUAACGAUCUAAUCAACCUCAAUCUCUCCGAGACAACGGACAAGAUCAUAGCUGAAUACAUCUGGAUUGGUGGAUCUGGCUUGGACUUGAGGAGCAAAGCAAGGACUCUUCCUGGACCAGUGACUGACCCUUCUAAACUUCCUAAAUGGAACUAUGAUGGCUCUAGCACAGGCCAAGCCCCUGGUGAUGACAGUGAAGUCAUUUUGUACCCCCAAGCAAUCUUUAGGGAUCCCUUCAGAAAAGGAAACAAUAUCCUGGUGAUGUGCGACGCAUACACACCGGCCGGCGAACCUAUUCCAACAAACAAAAGGUCCAAUGCUGCCAAGAUCUUUAGCCACCCUGACGUUGUUGCCGAAGAGUGUUGGUACGGAAUUGAGCAAGAGUACACUCUUCUACAGAAGGAUGUUAAAUGGCCUACUGGAUGGCCAGUUGGUGGCUUCCCUGGUCCCCAGGGUCCUUACUACUGCGGAGUGGGGGCUGACAAAGCCUUCGGUAGGGAUAUUGUGGACUCCCACUACAAGGCAUGCUUGUACGCUGGUAUUAACAUCAGUGGUAUCAACGGUGAAGUUAUGCCCGGCCAGUGGGAAUUUCAAGUUGGCCCUUCUGUUGGUAUUUCUGCUGGUGAUGAAUUAUGGGUUGCUCGAUACAUUCUUGAGCGAAUCACCGAAAUUGCAGGAGUCGUCCUUUCUUUUGACCCAAAACCAAUUCAGGGUGAUUGGAAUGGAGCUGGUGCUCACACCAAUUACAGCACCAAGUCAAUGAGAAAUGAUGGUGGACUAGCUGUUAUAAAGAAGGCUAUUGAGAAGUUGGGUCUGCGUCAUAAGGAGCAUAUAGCUGCCUAUGGAGAGGGUAAUGAGAGAAGAUUGACAGGUCGCCAUGAGACUGCUGAUAUCCACACUUUCUCUUGGGGAGUUGCAAAUAGGGGAGCUUCUAUUCGUGUUGGCCGUGACACAGAGAAAAGUGGAAAAGGUUAUUUUGAGGAUAGAAGGCCAGCAUCAAACAUGGAUCCAUAUGUUGUCACCUCAAUGAUCGCUGAAACCACCAUUCUCUGGAAGCCUUAGAGAGGUGAGACCAUUCAGUGCUCUAAAGACUAUGGAAGGAAAUGGGUUCGAGUUAUUAACUACUAUGCUCCAAGGAAGUGGGUUCAAGUUUAUGUAGACAACUCUGUUUCUAUGUAUCUAUGCGAUGUAUUUGCUCCAGUUUGUAUCUGCUUUGGAUUGAUUUUGGAAUUGUGUUUGUUUACUAUUAAUUUAGGGUGUUUAGUUUCUUGAAUAUAGUCUUUUCAUAUCAUUUUAAGCUUCA